GAGUUUCCAACUAAAAUCUCAUGUUUAGAUAAAACAAUGACCCUCACCGCACCGUCGUAAACUGAACAUAUCCCCCCGACGCUAAAAACCUUCAACCCAACAUGUCUGACAACGUCGGCCUCACCACGCCACGAGGCAGUGGCACCUCUGGCUACGUCCAGCGCAACCUCUCCCUCCUCCGACCGCGCGACCGUGUCGAACCGUACUCGAAAGAGCUACGACAUCAGCAGCGCAAACCAGAUCCGGAAAUCCUGGAGCAUGAGCGGAAACGACGGCUGGAAAACGAGGUGUAUAAACUGCGCGAUCGCUUGGAAGAAGAAGGUGUUAAUGACGAUGACAUCGACGACCAAUGCGACGCGCUCCGCAAGAAGCUGCAACAAGACUUCGAGCGGACAAAAUCGCGCCCCACGGACGCGAAGGGACUGAAGUCGCAUCAGGUGCACGACCUAGCGAAGGCGAAGAUCGAGGAGACGGAGAAGAUGCGACGCGCGUUGGGGAUCCGGGAGGAUUACGAGGAGGGGAGCCAUUGGGAGAAGUCGGAGCAGCGGAUGCGGGAUGCGGUGGAGGAGAAGGAGGGGGAUCGGGAUCGGGAUCAUUGA